GUGGGAACGCGAAUUACGCAAAAUUCUGGCUCAACCGAUUCUUCAACGUCUGGCUCAAGGUGGAACAGUGCUUAUAAAAUAUAGAGUGACUGCGGGAGUUCAUAGCGAGUUCUAAGGAAUAAACGGCAGUGUAGCGAUUGCGGUUCAUCGAGGGGCUUGGACUACGCCUUCCGCCGCACUUGUGACUUGGUGGAAGUGGUACAUUCCAACUGUACCGUUUCGGCGCAGGGGAUCUGGCAGUGCUUUGAUUUUUACAGGAAAUACUCGCGUACAUUUCGGGUGUAUAUCUAUCUGUGGUUUUGCUAAUUUGUUUUGCUUUUUAUUUCAUUGCUCUCCCUGGGGUGUUUAAUUCGACGGGGUCUAAUCGAACUUCAUUCGUUGGACUAUGUGAUCGAACUAUGAUCUGAAAUUGUGCGAAAAAAACAAAAACAAUCUGUGAAUUGAAAAAAAAAAAAUGAUACAAACCAUCCAGGAUGUCAGUGACUGUGUGCCGCUGUACUUGCCGCAUAGCCUGUAUCUUAAACCGUCGGCCAGAUUCAAUGUGUCGGUGGCUUUGCCGAAUGCCAUCACUGGCAAAACCAUCUCCAACUAUGAAGUUAUGGAAAAGAUGCGUCAGAUGAUACUGCCGGACAAGUUCUCUGUGUUGAAGGUUCGAUCUUUGUCGCAGGUUUCCAAGAGUACCGUUGGUCUGAUCCGGUUCGAAGGCGAGCUGGAGGAUCGAAGCAAAUUGCGCCAUGUGCUGGGACGGCUAGAUGGGCGUCCUAUUCGAUUGCCGGGAUUUAGCGAAACGGUGAAGCUGCGAGCUUCGGAGGCAAAAGACGAUUUCCCGACCCGACACGAUUGGGAUUCGUUCUUUCGCGAUGCUCGGAACAUGGACGAGAUGAAAGCCGGAGAACGUCCGGACACGAUCCACUUUGCGAAUCUACCGAUAAAGUGGUUGUGUCCGCGACACAUGGAGAAUGAAGACAAUGCCAAGCCAAGCGAGAGUAUUUUCAAGAGAAUAUUUGAGAAGUUCGGCGAUGUACGAUGUGUAGACAUUCCUAUCUGUGAUCCGUAUAGGUCGCAAAUGAAGGCGCACAUGUCGGGCAUGCAAAAGUUUAGCUUCGAUCAGGAGAUGUACUUCGAGGGGUAUGUCCAGUUUAGUGAAUAUGUUGGCUUCGUGAAAGCGAUGGAUGAGUUUCGUGGGAUGAAUUUGGUGCGUAAGGAAGUGGACAAGAAUUUGUCCGUGUCCAUUUCGGUUGAUUUCGAUCGUACGAAGCACUUGAGUGAUUCAUCUAUCAAGAAGCGCAAAAUCGUCCGGGACCGACUGAUUGCGGCCGAUCGUGAGAAGGAAGAUCUGGAGAAGAAACGCACAGCCGAGGAGGAUGCCAAGAAAGAACGCGAGAGAAAGCGCCAAGAGGAACUGCGCAAAACGCAGGACGUGAAACGUUUGCAACGGGAGCAACGACGUAAGGAGAAACACUUGCAGAAGCUGCGGCAGCGGGAAACGGAUGAGAUCAGCCUGAAGAUACUGCAGGAGGAACGAAAGCUGAUGGAAACGCAAAGGAAGCUGGAGAGCAUUCGACUGAUCGAUGCGCUGUUUGAGCGGAUGAAGCUCAAACAAACAAUGCUCGCGGGUAAACUUUCCACGGUCGCAUCUUCCAACAAAUCCUCCAAUUCCACCAACAAAAAAGCGGACAAAUUGAUGGCCGCCCAGCAAAAGGAAAUCGAUAAAAUGCGCCAACGAGUGAAGGAAGUGAAGGAUGGCAAUCUGCUAAAAAAUUUUCUUGGGACAUCCGGUCGCAGCUCUUCGAACCGAUCCCGCUCACCGAGCAUUAACACCAUCAGUUCGGACGAUAGCAUACUCAAUGAUUAUCCUACGGAUGCGAGAGCCAAGAAGAAGAAAAAGAAGAAGCCUGUCUCGGACGGCAGCUCUACUGGGUCGGGAUCUUCAGAUGAUGAACAAAGGCAGCCGCAAGAAACAGCAGCAGCAACAAUCGGUGCUGCUGUGCCGUAUCCUCCGGUUCCGUCAGCUAUGCCUCCGGGGGCUUACCCCGGAAUGUACCCGGGAUUCGAUUGGGCUGCUAUGGGUUACGCAUAUCCAUAUGAUCCUUACUACGCACAGAGGGCAGAGUACUAUGCCAGUGCAAUGGCAUACCGUGGAUUUCGCGGUACUCCUCGGGGAGGAAGAUUUCCAAGAGCACGAGGACGUGGUGGUUACCGUGGCCGAGGAGGGUACGGUUACUAUCGAGAUGAUGGUUAUGGUGAUUACGAUUAUCAUGAUCGUGAACGUGAUAGAUCCAGAUCUUAUUCAAGACCCAGGUCAAGGUCGAGAUCACGAUCGAGAACGCGUCGUCGUAGGUCCCGUUCCAGAAGUCGAAGCCGCGGUCGAUCACGAAGCCAUAGCCGAUCCCGUCGUUCCAGAAGCAGAACUCGAUCAUCUCGAUCUCGAUCUAGAUCCAGAUCGUCUUCGAGGCGACGAUCCCGUUCUAAAUCGAAUCGCUCGAGAUCAAGAACUCGCCGAUCUGAUUCGAGGUCUAAACAACCGGUACAGAUGUCCAAACCCACGGCUAAACACCUUGCUUCCACUAUGAGAGAUUCACGAUCCAAAUCAAAGUCAAAGUCAAAAUCCAAAUCAAAAUCAAAAUCAAGAUCAAGAUCGAGAUCGAGAUCACAUUACCGUCAUCGUUCGAAGCACCGGCGCCGAUCGCAUCACCGUCGAUCUUAUUCGAAGGAACCGGAAGACGAGACAGUUCCCGAAUCUUUCCGGAAGCAUCGAAUCGUACUGCAAACGGACAAGCUGGUGAGAAGUGCAAAAGAAAUCGAAGAAGAGGUUCGUGUACAUCUGCGAAAGCAACAAGAAGAAGAAGAACGUCUUCAGAAGGAAGCGGAGGACACAAUUCGCGGUAGUAAUGCCUUCGAAGCUGCCACAGAAGCGAGCAACAACCACAAACGAUCGAGGCGACAUUCUCGUACAAAAUCGCGGUCCCGGUCCAAGUCUCCGCCUCAACUGUACACAAAAAGUCCUUCCCCGUUCAAGACCAAGUCGCGCUCCUGUUCUCCGGGAAAAAGCCGCAAAGGACGAAAAGAAUCGCCCAAAUCCAGGGAGGAGAGAAAACCAUCCAGAUCGAAGUCUCCCCCGAAGGAGAAAUCCUCCAGGGAUAAGCAUCGCCGGAACUAUUCUCGUUCGAAAUCGCCGAACGAACCAGACAAGGACGUUCGGAAUCAUGACAGCAGCGAGCGAAGCCUCCGUCGACGAGACAAGUCACAUUCUGAGCGAUCUGAUCGCAAACGGAAGUCGAGAUCGGCGGAUAGCGCCAGGAUUGCAUCGCCCAGACGAAAACCUAAAGUUGAAAGCCCCUGAAGGGCAAAUCUUCAUUUUAACUAUUUUUUUUUCUCGUUUUGCUUGUAACUAAUGAUUGAAGUUCAUUUAAGUUCUAAGAGGAAAUGGCUUGAGAUCAGACCAGUAAAAUAAUGUUGUAAAUGUAGAGACUUGAAAUGGGCUCUAAGCUUCUCAUAGGAUAUAAUACACCGGAA